AUGAAAGAUCAUAUAGGUUCGGCUUCGAUGUCAGAUGAGCCGACAAGUGUUCCCCAAGACGCAUUGAACUGCGUGUCGCUAUCAGGUGAACAAGCCGCGCUGCCCAGACUUCAACGAUAUCUUUAUGGCCCGUCUGCUGCACUGCAGGAAACACCCAUCAGGGAUCGCCCCCUUAUCAAUAUCGAUAUUUACACCAUCUACUGCGGCAAUGCUGGUGAAAAAAGCAGGAAACUGCGCAACAGCAAUGAGAAACGACGUCAACAAUCUGGUGGAGAAGUUUGGAUAAACGUCGCCAAGAUGCGCCUUUGUACGAUUGGCGGAUCGCAGAGGACUCAAACUCCAGAUCGUAAGUGCUCACGCACAAACGGAAACGCUGAAGACUAUAACUGA